UCAUCGUCCCCGCCUCUCCUCGGAGGUCUGAGGCUCGGCCUCCAGUUUGCCUCUGGUGGUCACUCCCUCCUUUCGGCGCACAGAAUCCGUUCCGGGUCGAGAAAGGCGCAGGAAGUGCCAGGAACUCUAGUGUUCAGAUGGCUCGUAUUACCCUUGAAGAACUUAAUGAAAUGAGCGAUGAAGUUCUGGAUGAAGAGGAGGAGCCGACGGACGGGGAGGAACAGAACAGGCUGUUUGCUCAUUGGGAGACAGUAGCCAGCACUCAUCAAGUAUCACUCCCUCAAGAGAUGGCAGGUCCAAUUGUACAAAUGACACGCCAUAAUCAGACACGCGAGCCUGUGCCGUAUGCCACUUUAUCACAACAUGAGAAGUGUGAGGAGCUAGCAUAUGAGGAACGGUUGUACCCAGCUGGGAAAUGGGCAUGCAUCACCAGACAAGAACCUAAAUAUGAGCAGAGUAUCUCUAUGGGUUUCAUGAAAUUAAUACGGUACAUCUGCAAGGAGAACUCCUUAGAUCGUCACUUGGGAAUGACAGUGCCAAUAAUCAAUGAAAUCCAUUUGAACAAGGAGGGCACUGAGUUGCUUCAAGAAGUCCUCACUGCCUAUUACCUUCCUGAGGAAUUUCAGCCUAACCCACCUCUUCCCUUAGACCCGGACAUCCAAAUUGUAGAGAGAACAGCACUUCAGGUUAUCACCAGGGUCUUUUAUGGGACAACUACAGAAGAAACGAUCCUACGAGAGAUUCGCCUUCUCUGGGAGUUGCUGGGCCCCGCAGAUAAUGUGCUCCGAGAAACCUACUUGGUGGCUGCCUACCAGAACCCCAGUGUCCCUAACCGUCGCAAUGAGAUCUGGUUUAUCCGGCGAGCAGACUGAAAGCACCACGAAUCCCUGACAAGAUUACAAUCUGUCCCGUGACUGGAUCCAUUUCAGAUGGCAGUUCUGGUCUGAAGGAGAUUAAUGCACAUCCCGACUCACCGUAGAAUAGAUGAGCCACUCCUUUACCCCUGGGUGAAUCAAGGAAUGAUGUUCCUUCUUGUGAGCUCAUGGCCAAGGGGAAAAAAAGUAGGUCUCCCAGAGAAGGUUUUCACCCCACUCCUAUGGGGGGGGGCUGUAGGGGAUUAUGGUGAUGUAGGUGGAGUUGGUGUUGGAAAGAACAAUAUAUGUUUGCCUCAGUGGGCCCUAAUGACACCUAAGCUUAGUUGAAUGAAGGUGUAUCAGGGGUUGCUGUCGUUGAGCAACCCACACUGCAGGUUGCAAGGAUUCGGCCUCGAAUCAUGAAAUUAAUUUGGGGAGCAGGUCUAGACACCAGUACCUUCAGCUAUGUCUGUAGCUAAUGGAUGGUAAUGGACAGUGCAGAUAUUAUGACCCAAG